UUUGAGCAUUGGACUCGUAGCCGACGGCUCCACCGAGCUUGUCAACGCGUGCGCUACGCAGCGCCUCGGCCACCGCACUGCUCUCCCAAGCACAAAAAAAUGCAGCCUUAAAAUGGUCCGUAAAAAGACGACACCAAACCACGCCGACGUGCUGGAAGCCGCGAAGACCGGCGACUUGGCCUUCCUCGAAGAAGCGAGCGCGGACCGGCUCCUCGCCGCUAUUGACGCGCAUGGAUGUACGGCGCUGCACUGGGCGGCCGGCUCCGGACAUGUUGAAUGCGUCAAGUACCUCGUCUCGCAAGACCUGGACCCGUCUCAGAAGCAAACGACGAACGGCCGCACGCCCCUACAUUAUGCUGCAAGGAACGGUCGAACCGAAGUCUGUCGUUUGUUAAUCGAAGUGUAUCAGGUGCAAGCGGACGCUCUAGCCGACGCGGACGUCACGCCUUUUCAACUGGCCUGCUGGCAGGUUCAAGAGGAAGUGAUGCGCUACCUCGCGUCGCGGCACGACGUCGACUGCGGGCGCGUGAACGAUUUUGGCUGCUCCGCGCUGCAUUGGAUCGCACUAGCACCGUCGACGGUCGAGGUCGACGCGCACCUGCGCUGUUGCACGUGGCUCGAAGAGGUGAUUGAUGGCGACUGGUCGCUGACCAAUUCGCAGGGUCACGAGCCCCUUCACAAGGCGGCGUUUAGCGGUCACCUACAUAUGUGCGCGUGGCUCGUCGAGGCUAAGGGUAGGAGGGAGGUGCCCGACGCGCAUGGGAAUUACGCGGCGGAUCUGGCGCGGGAGGGCGGGCAUGACAACGUGGCGCAAUAUUUAGCGACGACGGCGGCGCCCGACCGUGAAAAACUCGCAGCGAAGCUAGCGAAGCUGAGCGGGACGCGCGUGGACGCCAGCGACGCCGCGAGCUUGACCAAGGCCUUCCGCCAGGCGGCUUUACUCCAUCACCCUGACAAAAGCGGCGACGCUCGUGUUUUCGACGACUGCGUGCAAACGUAUCGAAAACUCGUCGACGGCGUGCCGGGCAAUCCAUUGCGCGACCCCGACCGGAUCGGCUCGUUGCUCGGGUCUUCUUCGUCGAAGUUCGCCCGCUUCGAGGCGAAAUUGCUCGUGGUGCUCUUAGAGCAGCCUUCCGGACUGGCCCUCGGGUCUUUGAAGAAGAGAUAUCAGCGGGCCUUCCCCUCCGAUCAUGCUGAUUUUCCUGAACCGAAGGACCACGGCUACCGCAAGCUCGCCCAUUUGUUGAGAAAGGAGUGUUCCAAUUCGUGCCGCGUCGACGACAAUUGCAUCUUGCACGCGGCGCGCGCGAAGAGCGACGUCGAGCGGCUGCUCCUGCUGGACGGCGGCGACCCCUCGCCGCCGCCACCACCCUGA